AUGAGCUCACAAAGUCCAGCAGGGAGUAAUUGGGAAUCCUUGCGCAAGAAACUGCACGGCUCACCGACGUCCUCCGUAGUGCGCAAAAAGCGAUCCGCUCAGCAAAUGCACACAUUGUCUGCUACUACGAAGCAGUUACGACACAGCAAGUCGGUAGAACUACCCUCCAAGAAUCCGUUGUGGUUCGCCGAUGACCUGACGCCCGAGGAUCUGGCGCUCGCCAAAAGCAUACAAGCUAGCAAGUCGUCCGAUUCGACUGCGUCAGAGACGCAUGAAAUAUCACAGGCCCAGACGCAGACUAAGCGCAGGCUCGUACUUGGCGAGCCUGUGAAUCCGUCGCCGGCGAAACAGACCAUUGGCAACUAUGUGGCGAUCGAUUGUGAGAUGGUCGGCGUCGGUCCACGAGGUACGGGAAGUGCCCUUGCUCGUGUAUCGAUCGUAAACUGGCAUGGCCAUGUUGUUCUGGAUACGUUUGUCAAGCCGAAGGAACGGGUCACAGACUACCGCACGUGGGUAUCAGGUGUGCGUCCGGGUGACCUAAAGAAGGCGCCGUCCUUCGCCACCGUUCAAGCACGUGUGGCAGACAUCAUCAAAGGCCGUGUGCUUGUUGGGCAUGCGAUUCAGAAUGAUUUGCGCGCAUUGUUGUUGUCGCAUCCGCGGCCGAAGAUCCGUGACACGGCUGGGUUCAAGCCAUUGCAGGAGUUGUCGGGCAACAAGAGCCCUGGUCUGCGGACAUUGUCAAAACUUCUCUGUCGAGGAUGCACAAGCGACGAUGGCUGUGUUCCGCACGCAGAAACGUGCAUGGGAUGA